UGGCAUUGACUGAACAGCCCACUGCACCGACGUAAACAAAUGCUUUUGAACACACCUCAACGCUUUUGUUAUGGCAUUUUUCGUUCUCUCACUUUUGUUGCUAUUUUUAUUUGUUUACGUUCGACGCUCCCAGUAAAAAUCGACGUGCUCUCCUACUGCGGUAAAAAAGUAAACAGAAAACUGGCGAUGUCAAGAAAGCAGGUGCCGACGACGACGCUGCCGCCGCCGCAGCAGAUGGUACGGUGUUGCUGUUCUAUUUGAUUAUUGUAAUGCCAAAGGGAACUUCAUUUUAACAUUGUUGUUUUACGCUGUUAAUUAUUUACUAUAUUUUACAUCACACCUUACAUACAUACAUUAGUAUUUUGUUCGUCUUCAAUGCAGCCGUUUGCUGCCCACUGCAACGUCGGCAGCGUUGGGUAAUUGGCGUUUCUGACAUUGUUCUUUUUGUUUUGUUUGCCUCCACGAGUCCGACAUUCGGCGCUAAAAAGCUAAAACGCGUCGUGUCGUUGUCAUCAGAUGUAUACUCGAGCAGUAGCAGAGCGGCACGCAAUAUAGACAAAAUUAAAAAUUUUCUGAACCUCGUGGAAAAGAUAGCGAACUAUUUUCUAAGUGAGUGUAAUGGAAAAAAUGCAGCAAAAUAAAUUCACAAUUGUGAGAUAAUUGACAAAAUAUACUUUUAAUUGUGCAGCGUUUUAGUGUAACAAAAAACUUGCACAGAGAAAAAGUGAAAAGAACUACAUAUGUACAUAAUUUUAAUGUGUUUUAAUAAAUCUGACGAUAAAGUUAAGAAAGACGGCGUUCUAUUUUAGUGAAUGUCGCUAGAUAAUCCCACACAGAUCUUAACCGCUCACGAUUUGACCAGCUUGCGUACCCUGCAGCGUGUGAUCACCACCACCAGUAAUAACAAUAACCACAACAACACAUCUAUUGACGACCAUAUCGUCUACAAUAGUCACGUUCAUAGCAACAACAACAGCAACAGCAGUAGCCGUAAUCACAAUUACAACCUUAACCACAACAGCAACAGCAUCACAACCAACGGCGCAAGUAAUCAUCAUACCAAUAACAGCAGCAACGGCAGCAACGCGAGUGCUGGAAAUCUUGUUUUCUCCACCAUCCCACUGGACGGCCACGCUCUGCUUAUUCAACAAUCACACCUGCUUCCUGCGAACGCCGCAGCUUCGCUUACCAACAACGGCUUGCAACAGGCGACGCAGGCGCGCGGCCUGGUCACCACAGCAACAAAUGGUUUACGCGCCGGCAACAGCAACAACAUUAACACAGUUACGAGCAGCAUUAGUCCCGCCGUCAGUAACGCUGGCAGCUUUAUCAGCAGCAGCAGCAACAUAAAUAGCAGCAGCAACAAUAACAGCUUGAAUAACUUCCUUGCCAAGGCAACUAUACUGAGCGCAGCGAACUUCAGCAACGCUAAGCCAAGCGGCAAAAUCUUCAAUACAGGUGCCACAUCGUUCGGUGCCACCGGUGGCAGCAACAUGCCCACCACAUCGAAGUAUGUGCUGUUGCAACCAAAUGGUAAUGGACAAUUUACUACCUAUGAAGGCUCCACCCCGGCGGCAGCAGCAGCUGCAGCUGCCAAUGGCAAUGCCGGCGCGCCCAGCGUAGGAAAUAUAGUGCUGCUUGCCACCGAGCCGAUGGACUUGAAUGGCAGCAGCGGUUUGGGUGGUGAUGCGGCGGCUGUGGGGCGUGUUAUUGCCACAGGGGCGGCUACUGGCACUGGCGAUAAUGACGAGGAGUUGCGCCCGUUGGCGUGGCUCAAUGACAGCAAUUUAAUUAAAGGCAUAGUGACUACGACAGCAGCUGGCGCGGGCGGUGCUAAUGUGAAGCGCGGUGGUGGCGUUGCUGCAAGUAGCGGCAAUAUUUGCAUAGUAAGCGCUAGCAAUGCACACGAUCUGAUCGAAGAGCUGCCACAUCAUGUAGGCAGCGAGGAGGUAACCACCACCACGCCCAGUGGCAGUAUGAGCACACAUAUUGGGGCAAGUGGUGGCGGUAUCGGCAUCGGCAUCGGCAACGGCAAUACGAACAACAACAUCACUUCAUCGACUGAACUGAAAGCUGGCACACAGAUAACCGCGUUAAGCGUCAGCGAUUUUCAACAACUCAAGCGUUAUGGCAACAUAAUCACCAGCGGCACACCGAUCACCUUGCUGCCACCACAUGACCCAACAGCUGCCGCAGGCGGUCGCAAAGAUGAGGCUGCACACAUUUUCGGCAAUAUCGGCGCCAUCAGUGCCACCACCACUGUGCAUAUGGGACCGAGUGGUACCACCACCGUUGUGGAGUACAAAUCGAAUGGGAAUAUGCCGACGCUACAGUCGAGGCAGCUACUUAGCGCAGCCGGUGUUGGCAAUGCUAGCGGUGGCACCACUAUAACGCCAGCAAAUUUGAGCAACAACGGGAUUAACAACAACGCCAACAGCAGCAGCAGCAAUAAUCUAAACUCUUGCAACUAUGUGCCUUCUUCAUUCUCUUCUACUACCAGCACUCAUUCAACAGUAUCCAGUACACCCGCCUCCAUAGCUGCUUCCAAUCCCGCCUCACUGUCUGUUUCCUAUUCAACGCUUGCCUCAACUACGAUGAGCGUUGCCGGCGCCAACAGUGGCACCACAGUGCUCAGCCUGCCGAAGCAACUAACAACGCUGCCGGGCGGUGUUGUUACGGUUACCAAUGGCAACGGCACGACUAACACAAUUUAUCAAGGACAACCACAGCAGCAACAGCAGUCGCAACAAAGACAACAAAACUUUGCCAACAACAAUACAAAUGCCAGCAGCAGCGCAUCUAGCACCACCCACCAUCCGCACAAGAAAUACCUGCGCGAAAAGAUGAAUGUGUUGGAUCAUGGCGGCGGCGGCGGAGGCGUUGGCAGUGGCGGCGGUGGCAGUAGUGGCAUUAAUGCUAGCACAAUUGGAACCACAAAUGGAGGAGGCAACGCGGCUGCGUCCACUAUCACAGUGGUUGCUUCGCCUGCCUCCUCCAGCAGCUCAUUAUCCUCCUCCGUUUCUAGUUCAUCGUCCACGGCCGCUGUCAACGGUGGCAAUAGUCCCAUCUCUAAGUCAUUCUAUGCCGGCGCAGCCAACAACAGUCACAACAAUAGCAAUGUGAGUGGCGGCGGUAGCAACGCCAGCAGCAGCGGUGCCAUAAACUACUCCAGCACGGCUAAUACGUCGUCACCAAUGGUGCAGAGUAAUGCGACAACAGGUGCUGCAAAUGCAAACAGUGCAGCUGGCUCGCCCAUUGCAGCGGGCAUACCACCCACCUACACUAUAAUGCAGUACCAAAGUGUGGCCUCCUCGCCAAGCAUCUCAUCGCCAGAACCAAAUAAUUCCAAAGAAUUUUAUCCGCUCAUUACAACUCAGCAGCAGCAACACAAUAUGAUGCGUUCACCCACCUCUUAUUCCAGCUAUGACAAUGACUCAUUGAAAGAUUUCGAAAUAUCCACCAAUGGCUCAAGUAGUUUGGGACAUCACAACACCAGUACACCACAACAUCAGACGCAUCAGUCAGCACAGGCACAACAACAGUUGUCAUCUUCUGGCUCUUCUGCAUCCUCAAAGAAUAGUCUAUCUGGUAGUAUGACCAAUGUUAGCGGCCUCGGUGGUGGAUCGAAUGGCAGCGGUGCUGUUACACCACAAAAGCAAAAGCAUCCGAACAAUGUGCCGUACGAUCCAUUCGUGCACACACACAACAAGCCGCCCUACAGUUUUAGUUCCUUAAUAUUCAUGGCCAUCGAGGGCUCGAAUGAAAAAGCUUUGCCCGUCAAGGAGAUAUAUGCCUGGAUUAUGCAACAUUUUCCGUACUUUAAGACAGCGCCUGCCGGUUGGAAGAAUAGCGUGCGGCACAAUUUGUCGUUGAAUAAGAGCUUCGUGAAGGUGGAAAAAGCGCCGAAUAUGGGCAAGGGCUCACUUUGGCGCGUCGAACCACAACAGCGACAAAAUCUCAUACAAGCGCUCAAUCGCUCGCCAUUCUUCCCCAAUUCAGCUGUCGAUAAGUCGUCCUCGCUCAAAAGUCCCGGUGCCGCAAGCAACACUGGCGCUGCCAAUGACUCACUCGUGGGCUAUGACACUGUUGAUAGUGUGGGUAGUGGCGGCGGCGGCGCCUGCAGUCCAGCACCCAAAUCCAAUAUAAAUCCACGCAUUGAUCCGCGCCUUUUCCCUAAACUAUCGAAAGUUAUUGGUGGCCAAGGCCUCCUAAAUGACGUGGUCGUGUCUGGGGCUGGCGAUGUGCCCGAAGAAGAUACUCCGUCCGACUAUAGUACAACAAAUCAUAAUAGCAUUCUGAAUAACCAGAUAAGCGGCAACAACAAACACAGCAGUUAUAAUAGCUCACCGGUGCAUCAAAAUGGCGCUGGUGGUGGUGGCGGGGGCAGCGGCAGUGGUGGUGUAGUUAGCAGUGGCGCUUCCAUAUUGGGUCCUUUCAGCAGCUAUGAAAGCAUUGAGAGUUUGGCGCGCGAUUGUGGUGCCGAUAGCAUCGAUGAUGUGAAUGCAGCAACAGCGAUGUUGGCCUUGAAACAUGGACCGAAAGUGUUUUCGGAGACCUUCCAGAAUGGCGCGCCCGUAAUAACUUCAUCACCCAGUGAGGAUCACACGUACUCCGCUGGUGGCGGUGGUGCAAGUGGUGGCAACAGCGGCGCCUCAACGCCACUCAUCAAUGGCAACUCAGCGCCUACAGCUAUCAAUGGUAAUGCGCAGUAUGGCGCCAGCAAUGGUCAGCAGCCAAUAAAUGGUUGCAAUGGUGAUAAUCAAAGCAAUUACACAUCAUCCGAUGCGGCAUACGAAAGCAGCGAAGAUAAUAACAACAUCACACCUGAAGAGCUUGAAGAUCAACGCCGUCAACGUGAAGGCGUCGAUGCGCUACUCUCGCUCUCGCGUUCAUCUGUUGUCGAAUCGCCCACAAAGCGGCCGUCAUCGACCAGCGUCGAAGAAGAACACAUAUCCGCCUGUCUCGAGAACAAUAAGGCGAACAAUAAUAAUGGGCAUUUCACCAAUGGUAAUGGCAAAAUGGCAUUGUUGACCAGUGCGGUGGCCUAUAGCCAACAACAGCAGCAGCAUCAUGCGUACGAGGAUAGCGGCAGCUUUCAUUUACCCAGCUAUUAUGGUGGGCCACAUCAAUUGCAUCACCACCAAGGCUUGGGCAGCGGUAGUGCAGUGCAGCGUAAGAUCAAACCUUUGCGUAGUUUGCGCACGAAGAUCAAGCGCAAGGCGCCAUGGAUGAGCAAGGCGCGGUGAGCAACGGUGUUUGCAAGUGAUUGGAAAAAUUAAUGUGGGCAAGAAGUGAAACUAGUGGGGAGUGGUAAUGGAGUUGGGAAAGAAGUGGCUGAAUGAGAAUUGAAAAAUACUAGAUAAGUUUGCGAUAGGGCUGGUAGAAAAAGUUGAUCGUUAUGUACAAAUUUGAAAUGAGUGUGUGUAGUAAAAUAUUAUGAUACACGCUUCACAGUUUAUUUGGCAGUAGCGAAAAUAAUAGUAUAUGAAUUUAAAAAGCUCGCUGAUAUAAUAACAAUAUUGAAAAACUAUAGAAAAUUGCAAAUUGAGCAACGCAUUUUAACGCUUUUGUGACAAACUAAUUUCCCAACUUUUAAAGACGAAUUUUAAGUGAUUUGAAUUGGUAGUGACGAUAAUUCUGGUUAAAGAAUAAAUACAUUUCAAAGACAAUAGCUAGACAAGAAAUUUUAAAAAUAUUUGCUUUUAAAGAUUAUCAGAUGAGCUCCUUAUGCAUUUUUGAAUAUUUUCUGGGUGUCUACAUAUUAAA